AUGCAUGCUCUACUGUCUCUGGUGGUCCUUGGCUCCUCAGUGCUCUUGGUGGAUUCGAUGUACAGUCCAGGCGAUUAUCGGGAAAGAAUCGGUCUGGAGUCAGCGGGAUCCCCGGCCUCGCUGGGAUCGAGGAUUAUCGGAGGAGAGAAAGCCACCAUAGAGAAAUAUCCAUUUGCGGUCUCGUUGCAGAACAAUGGUACGUUUUUUGGCCACCAAGUCGAGCAUUUCUGCGGCGGCGGUAUCGUCGGGGAAAAGUGGAUAAUAACGUCAGCGCAGUGCGCUCUCAGAAUACGCGUCAAGGGCUUUCACGUGAAGGCCGGCACCGCCGAUUAUUACAAGAACGGUGACAUCUACGGCGUUAAAGGAGUUGUAAUCCAUCCCGCCUUUAACGAAAUUAAUUACGACUACGAUGUCGGCCUUGUCGAGCUCGCACAAAAUAUAAAGUUCGACAACACGAAGCAACCGAUCAAGUUACCGAAGCUGCACGCGGAAAUCCAAGAUGGCACCCGGGUCCAAGUGCUCGGCUGGGGUGCGUCCGUGUUGUUAGGUCCGGUCUCCGAUGACCUUUUAGCCAGCACGAUGCAGAAAAUUAGUCACAUGGAUUGCCAGCAAGCGAACGGAGGUGACUUACUAACGUACAGAAUGUUUUGCGCUAUAUCAGAGAUCGCUAGCGCAUGCGUCGGGGAUUCCGGCUCGCCUCUGAUUUUGAACGGCACUUUAUAUGGAGUGACAUCGUGGAGUCGAUCCUGUGCAUUACAAUACCCGACCGCUUACACCGCUAUAUCCGAAGUGAGAGACUGGAUCACCAAAGUGACUGGUGUAGAUUAA